CAUGAAGGUUGGCAAUCGUUUUGCAUUCCGUCGCGACCAGAGUUUGGGCAAGAUUCGUUCUACUGUGAUAACUCUGGUUGCAUUUCUCGUCUCGAUUGCCGCAAUUGACGUCUGGUUUCAAAGAUCCACUGCUGUUUCCGAGUCUUAUGCCACCCGAGCCGCAAUAGCUGUAAACCAGCAAGUUGCUGUUAAGUCUUUCGAACCCAUUUCGACCGGGCUCGCAGCAAGGCAAAGCUUUGGUUUUUUUGACGACAUUGGAGACAAUUCCUGGAAUAAGAUGCGCAAGAAAGCGGUAACUUUCCAGCAGUACCAAAAUCCCAAAAAUCCCAAUGCCGGGUCGGCGGACCCUUGGAAGUGGUAUAUCAGAAACUUGCAGCCUGACUUUACUUGUCAGCACGUCAUUCGUGUUGGGGGUCACGGAGACGGCCCCAAGUGGGUCUGCGACCCGCACCGCUUGCGAACUAGAGACAACUGCCUUAUCUACUCGUUCGGCAGCAACGGGAACUACUUGUUUGAAGACAGCAUGCUAGACCUUGUCGGAAAGGGUCAGUGUGAAAUACAUGUGUUUGAUUUCGGCGACUUCGAUCGUCCCCAGAAUCCGGACAAGAGAAUUCACUAUCACCAGUGGGGAUUGGGCAGUAGCUACGAUCAAGCCUACAAUGAAAAAAUCAAGAAACGAGCUGGUGAACAAGAAGUUUUGACAUUUCAAGAAAUUCAGCGUCGUCUGAACCAUGAGGAUCGAACUAUCGAUCUCUUCAAAAUCGACUGUGAAGGUUGUGAAUGGAGAAACUACAAGGAUUGGAUUGGAGUAGACGCUCGACAAGUCCAGAUUGAAGUUCACGGGCUACCUUCAUCUAACGGAUCUGAUUUCUUUGAUGCCUUCCGCGACAACUCUUUCGCCAUGUUCAGUAAGGAACACAACCAAUACACCAAACACUGCUACGAAUUUAGUUAUGUGAAGCUUUCCGACGAGUUUUGGGAUAAAUCGGAAUUGACAGCCCAAAUAAAGUAA